AUGGAUCACAAAUACACUUACAGCAUCAACCAAGAAGAACUUGAAGAAACUCUUUCUUUUUGUGACCUUCCACUUGAAGACCAAGACAUUGAUCAAUCCCUUUCUUUCAACAAAUCACCAAACUCUCCUUCUUAUGAACAUUUUGAGUUUCCCUUCAUUCCAAACACUUCCUUACGCAAGAACAAAGACAUCGUUUUCUGUGGUAAACUCAUUAAGGAACAAGGUUUUGAUGGUGAUGAUGAUGGUCAAAGUCGGUAUCUUUUCCCUCUAUCUUCAGCCAGGCUAUUAAACAACAAGAAAAAAGAUUUGGGUUCUAUUUAUUUAGUGAAUUCAAAGCCAAAUUCUUCUUUAUCAACCAAAAGUUUCAGGUCUCAAAGCUGUUCUUUUUCAAGAAAACAGAAGGUUUUAAUAGGGUUAGCAAAGAUGCCACCAAAGAUGGAACUAAGUGACAUAAAGAAAAGACAAAGUAGAAGAAAUCCAUCACCCAUGUUUCCUCCGGCGGCCAGCGGUGAUCUAGAGGUGGUGGCUGCCGGUAAGAGUUGCAGUGGCGACUCUGGUGGUGGUGGCAGGAGAAGCCACCUUUGGGGUCUGUUAAGGUGUAGAGCUCAACUCGCUAGUGCAUUGGCCAAGGCUUCAUGUAUUCCACAUGUGUAA